AUGGCGGACGUGAACGGCUCCUUCUACCGCUGGGACUCCGUGUCGCCCAAGGCCAUCGUCGACUGGCGCCAGACCCGAUACAUCUCGCCCAUUCAGCGCCAAUUCGAGUGUGCGAGCUGCUGGGCGAUCGCAGCCGUCGAUUCCAUCUCCAUGAUGUGGGCCAUCACCACCAAGACAGACCCCAUCGUUCUGUCGCCGCAGCAGGUGUGCGACUGUGCGACGAAGCAGUGCUGCAGCGGCGGGUGGGCGGACUGGGCGUUUUCGUACGUGCUGUUCAACGGGGGCAUCCAGGCGGAGGAGGACUACGCGUACCAGGCGGCGGACAGCACCAUCUGUAACAUCAACGCCUCCGCGCCCACCGCCGCCAAGAUCACGGGCGGCUCCGAGCGCGACUUCCAGACCUACACGUCGCGCGGCCGCCUGCGCAUCUACGGCUCGCCCGACCUGCCGGGGCUGUGCACGACCAACGUGAACCACGUGGUGGUGGUGGUGGGCUACAACUACACGGGGCCGGGCCUCGUGGGCAGCUACUGGAUCAUCAAGAACACGUGGUUCAGCACGUGGGGCGACAACGGCUACAUGUACCUCGCCAUGACGCCCGACGUGCGCGGCAAAUGCGGCAUCCACGCGCUGCCGGCCAUGUAUCCGGUGUACUACCCGUUUGGCCCACAGCCAGUGCGGUUCAGCGACAAGCAGCGCGACGACAGCGAUGGGCGCUGGUGGACCAAGCCGCUGCCCGUCACGUCCGACGCCUGCCAGCUGCUCAUCAACCCGUGCGGCGCGGGCGAGUGCUACACGCGCAACAACGUGGCGCGGUGCGACUGCAGCGGGCCGGAGGGCAUGGUGGAGGUGCUGGGCGUGCCCACCAGCAAGUGCGUCUCCCUCUCCCCCUGCAACGCCACCAACGUCAACCCCUGUGGCGCCGGCACCUGCACCAACACCGGCAACGGCGCCUACACCUGCCAGUGCCCCGCCGGCUACGCCAUCGGCGCGGAGACGGACGGGUCGCUCACGUGUGUGGGUGUGGCGGGUGGCAACACAUCGUCCGUCACCUACACCACCGUGCCCGGGGACACAUGCGCUGGCAUAGCAGCGGCGUACAACACCACUGUGGCGGUGCUGGCAGCGCUGAACCCCUUCCUCAACUGCUCGCUGAGCUACAUCCCGCCGGGCUUCGUGCUCUCGCUGUCCAACGCCUCCGCGCCGUCCACCACGGUGUGCACGGCCACGUACAUGGUGCACGCCAACGACACGUGCGCCUCACUCACCGCCACGCUCUUCAACGGCAACGACUCCGCCUUCCGCCAGGCCAACCCGCUGCUCUGCACGCCCGACCGCCCCGCGCUGCUGCCCUCGCAGCAGGUGUGCGCCGCCGCUGCACCGCUGUCGGCGGCGAAUGCAACGGUGGUGCAGUGCGGGCAGACGUACGUGUCGGUGGUGGGUGACUCGUGCAGCACCGUGGCCAGCAAGUACACCCUCGACCUCCCCUCCUUCAAGUCGCUGAACCCAGCACUGGACUGCAGCAGGGGCGACAUAGACGCGGGCACGUACCUCUGUGUCGCUGCCAAGUCAGACAAGACGGUGGUGAACUGCACAGCGUGGUACUUGGUGCUGCAGGGAGACAACUGCCCCAACAUCUGGAACGCUGCCAACCUCACCGAGUCCACCUUCCUCUCCAUCAACCCCGGCAUCCGGUGCCAGUCACCAUACCUGCAGGUGGGGCAGAAGGUGUGCAUCAACUCGCCCAUCCUGCCCUCGCUCAUCGCCUCCACCAACUCCUCCUUCUCGCUCUACACCGUGAAACCCGGUGACACGCUCGGCCUCAUCUCAUCGCGCUUCAUCAACCGCUGCAUGCCCACGUCGGUGUCACCGGCGGCCAUAGCGGCGUACAACAACAUCCUGGAGACGGCCGUGCUGCUCGUCAACGCCACGCUCAUCAUCCCCUGCAACGUGCGCCUCGGCGCCAUCGACUGUGGGUGUGCCACAUCGCUGCCGGUGUGCGGGUCGGACUACGUGACGUACCCGUCGUACUGCGACGCCGUGUGCAACUAUGCCACGCCCGUGCUCGUCAGCAACGACAUCUGCACCGGCUGCAAUGCCGCCUGCAUGGGCCGCGCUGGCUCCGCCCCUGCCAAUGGGUCCGGGUGCACACAGGCCAUCUGCCCCUACCCCACGUGGCCGCCGCCCAGCACUGACUGCACGCAGCUGCUGGGCGACGGGGUGGGCAAGUGCUGUGCGUACGUGAAGACGACGUGUGAGAACGUGUGCCAGGACUUCAAGCUCGCCAUGGGCGGCACGUCCACCGUGCAGGCCACCAACUACAAGAACUGCUACAACGCCUGCACGUGCUGCAAGCGCAUCCCGUGCGGCUUCAACUGCACCGCGCCGUCGUCGUGCUGGGAUGAGAGCCCCCGCCGCUGCUCCUACUCCAUCACCACCGGCUACACGUGGCAGUGCACCACCAACUGGCCCGCCGCGUCCCCCCUGCCCUGA